AAUUAAUUAACAUUUCGCAGACGGUGCUCCAUCAUCAUCAUCACCACCAACAUCAACAUCCCCUGUUCAGAGCUAAACCAGGUUUCUCUAAUCUCUCAUUCUCAUUGCAUGCAUGCGCUUCUUCAUUCCCUCUUCCAACCUCAUCUAAUCAUGGUUUCAGCAUAACAUGUCUCAUUCUCAUAACCAAAUGGAACAACCUAACCAACAUGAAACAACAUUAGCACGAUUAGAACAACCUAAACCCAAAAACCUAAAAACUGAUACACCUAAUGAUGAUCAAUGUUUUCUACUUUACUUCAUUAUGGGAACAUACUUUGGUCCUCAUAUCAAUGGUGACAAAAAAUCAGUCUUACAAAGAGUUGCUGAAGGAUUACCUUCAUAUACACGUGAUCAAUUAGCAACUUCUUUUAUCAAAGUAGCUGAAUUAGAACGUAUUUAUUAUUAUAUACUUAGGAAUGUUGAUAAAUCGUUAACAGUAAAGUUACCCUUUUUGCGUCGGUUUAUUCAAGGGCUAGAAGGUUCAAACUCCGUAUGCAAUUAUCCUCAAUUUACUGAUUUGUUCCCUCUUGAGUUACACCCUCAAUCUAGGUUCAAAAGUAGUUAUAAAAUCAUUGAGAGUAUUGUGUUUAUUGAUAAUCCCGAAACGUGUUUCUUUAAUCGAGAGGAUGUUGAAAGGUUUAAGAGAUUGAGUGGAUUGGAGGAUUUUCUUGUGGACAAAGAUGUUGCUAGAUUGUAUAAUUGUUUCGAUGGUAGUGGUUUGCGUAAUAAUAAAUCGGUUGGGAAGGGGAAGGUUAUGUCGUUGCCUGAGAAUAAGUGUGGUAGGAAUACUGGUUCUCGGAAAGUGAAUGAAAGUGAUGAUUUUUCUGAGAUUAGGCAUCAACUGCCACGUGCCGCCUGUGCUGUGACGCCUAUUAGCACUGUUCCGUUUAAUGAGGGUAUGGCUCUUGAAAGUGAAGGUGAUGAUUCUGUGAAAGUUUGUGGUCCGGCUGUGUUAUUCCUUCCUUCUCGUCCUACUAAGAAGGAAUGGUCUAAUGUUGUGGCUGCUACCAAGAAGGGUUUUGGAUUGACUGGAAGUGCGGCUAUGGGGCGUGUUGGACCCAUCAUGGGACUUGUGGAUAUUGGAGAGUGUGAAGACUCGUACCUAUUUCGCAUAUCUCUCCCUGGAGUGAAGAGGGAUGAAAAGGAAUUCAGCUGCGAGGUUGACACCAAUGGAAAAGUUUUGAUAAACGGAGUAACCACAACAGGAGAGAAGACAGUAUCAAAGUACUCUCAGGUGUUUCAAAUGCAAACUCAAAACCUUUGCCCACCGGGCCAUUUCUCCGUCACAUUUCAGCUGCCGGGCCCUGUUGAUCCGCAUCAAUUUUCAGGUAAUUUUGGCACGGAUGGGAUUCUUGAAGGAAUGGUCAUGAAAGGGAAACCUAGGUGAUGACGAAGUUCAGUCAGAUCAUCAUCCUUCUAUUAGUUCCACGCAGUACUAAGUUAAUGCAGAAUGUUAAGAGAUGUGGUUUUGAGUAUCAGUAUCCUGUAUAGUGUCUAUCUUAAUGCUAUUUAUUUUGUGACGCAUGCGAUAUACCCCCUCCGUCCCAAAAUAUAAGAGAAAAUUGGUCAAAGAAAGUUGAUGUAUUUGGUUAAGAAUUUGGACUAAUACAUCAAUUUUGUUUGACUAAUUUUCCCUUAUAUUUUGGGACGGAGGGAGUACAUGCUAAGAUGCUCUCUGACAUUCUCUUCAUGUAGUAUUCAUGACAUGACUAAUUACUCCAAUUUUGUGGACAUGUAAAAGUGCUUUGCUGAUGAAUAUAGUAAAUUAUUUUGAGAGGAAUGAUUUGAAGUC